AUGCGCGACAGCUCCUCGCCUGCACUUUCAUCACCACCUUCCGGCUCUAUUUCAGAACCAGGCUCGCCGUUAAUCGGUCGGCCAAAUAACAACGACAUGGAUAUGGACGAGAUCAUAGUAGAUCCCUCCCAGCCUCGCUUUAGCGUCGUCGCAGGAAAUGAGCCGCCUCAACCCGAAGUUCGCCUUACCGCUGCUGGCCUACCAAGAAAGAAGCCUGGUCGCAAGCCUGGCUCUACUGUCAAGCCCAAGAACCCCGACGAGCCGCCUAAGGUGCGCCGACCUAGGAAACCCCGCGAUCCCAAUGCGCCACCCAUUCAAAGGAAGAGAAAGUCGGCACCUGCUGCUGAUGCCGACGCAGGCUCAGACUCGAAAUCCCUUGCCGCUGCCGCCGCCUCUUCCUCCACGCCUCCUCCUUCUCGACAGACAAAGAUUACAGAUAUCGUUGACAUCACUUCCGGUUCCCGACCUGGCUCCGCUCAGCCCGAACACAUAGCGCAAAAGGCGCCCAAGCGAGAGGAGAUACCGCGUUCGAUGCAAAGCAUCUUAAAUGCAGACCCAGAGCCUGAGCCGAAGCCGCAGAACACCGCUCUUCCGACACGCACUAGCGGACAGGGUUACGAUCCUAUCCGUGGUAGUUACGAUCCCGUAAGAGGCAUAUUCGGCAGCGCCUCAUCCCCGAGACCCGCAACACAAUCCGUCAACCGACCGAGCGCGUCUCCAUCUAUUGCGAGUCUGGUAGAUCCGCCCUCACAGAAUGUCACGUCGCCUUCCACGCAAACUUUCCGCAACACCUCUACUCAGGCGCGGACUGAGACUGCAUCUGUCCCAGCAUCUCCGUCAUACCCUGUCAGAUCAAUCCCUCAAACGAUCUCGAAGCCACCUGUACCCGAGCCAAAGAAAUCCCUGGCUCCCCCGCCAGUCCCAGCUAUCAAAGCAGAUGCGAAGUUAAAGGAUGCUGCGUCAACUGCUGGUUCUGUCACGAGCAAGAAACCUUCGCCAAAGCAAAAGCCACAGAAGUCCGGUGUUUCUUCACCUAAGCUGAAUGCUCUGGACGAACCUCGAGAUCUCCUUGGGGAUCGGUCAAUUCUAGACUUUGGCAGAGCCGAGACGGGCAAGGAGUACAAGGCCCCGGAUAUUGUCCUGGACAUCCCUAUCAAGCCUGGCGACACAAAUAUCUACGUCAACGUAAUGCGUAUGGCUGAGGAGAAGUAUGGCUGGGACGCCCUGCAUCCUCGUCUGGCCGAAAAGCGAGAUCGAAAGGCCCGCAUUGCUGCUGCUUCGGCUGCCUUGGAGAAGACGGCGUCAGGCCAGGAAUCUGGCGACGAAAUGUCCGAGGACUCAGACAAGGAGGCAAGCAACGUGGAGAUGGGCGGUAUGACCAGUGGUGCCGACCUGCCAGAGAAGCCGAAGAAGAAGAAGCGCAACUUCAAAGAAGAUGAGUACGAUAAGGAUGAUGACUUUGUCGACGAUUCCGAGCUUUUAUGGGAGCAGCAGGCGGCCGCUAGUCGAGAUGGCUUCUUCGUGUACUCUGGACCGUUGGUGCCAGAGGUUGAGAAGCCUGCGGAUACAAGACCUGACGGAUUACCUAAGCGUGGACGCGGUAGUCGAGGCGGGCGUAUCGGCGGGCGUGGCGGUACGACGCGCGGCGAGGGCGGCACGGGUCGUGGGGGAGGACCAGGCUCCAGAGGUGGUCGCGGUUCCCGAGGCGGUUCGCUCACUCGCAAACCGCGUAUCACAAAGUCGGAAAAGGAGCAGCUCGAGCGCGAGAAGGCCGAACGCCAAAGGCAGGCUGAGCUCAGCGCCAAGUCUACGAACGGCUAUUCGCUUCAGCCUCAGACGCCUUCCUUUGCAGCAGGAAUGGCAGGCGCGUAA